UGAAGCGUAAACAGAAGAAGCAUAAACUAGUAUAAAUAAGAUUUUUUAAUCUUUUCCUCAUACUUAAAGAUCUUGGAAGGUAUAAUAGUGUUGUUUGUGAUUUGUGUGUUAUUGAAGUCAUUUCGGUGUUAAUUGGGACAAAAUGGAUAAAACUUUUGUAAAGUUCAUAACUCUCUGGAUGAUGUAUAUUGCGGUGACAAUGAGCAUGCCUUCGAAAGAAUCUAAUGAAAAUUUGUAUUCAAGACUUAAGAGGACACCAGGGGAGUUCUCUCUUUUUGGAAUUAAUCUAGGAUCAUCUCUUUCAAAAGCCAAAGAAUCUUUCAGCAGCAUUGGAAAUAUAUUUUCACCAAAUCAGGGAAACAGACAUCAGUAUGAUCAAUCACUGCCACCUUAUCAGUAUGAUCAAUCACCUUACAGAACUGUGCAGAAUCCAAAUAUAAGACAGCCUGUUUAUGUCGCAAACGAAAAUGGUUUAGCAAGUUCCAUAAAUCAAGAUAGAUACCAAACUGUAAAUGAUAAUAACGAACAGUACCAAACAAGAAAUCAAUUCAAUGCUCCUGUGACUGACAGAUAUCAAACAGCCCAAAAUGUACCGGGACCAAAAAACGAGAUCACACCGAGUAAACCCGAAAUUGAUAAACAGUUGUUAAAUUACAUAUUCCAGUCAAAACCUAAUUCCGAAGGUACCACAACUGUUGAUCCUACUUAUGACUUUACAACUGAAACUGGUGAAUAUGAGAAUACUACAAUGGACGACCUGGAGAUAAGAAUCCCUCCAGCUCCAGUUGUGGCAUCACUUUUGGGUUAAUCUAAGUUUUGGCUCUGGCGGCAGCCUCAGCAGCUUUCUUCUCUUCUUCUUCUUUCUUUAUUUGUGCUGGCGUAGGCGCGCACCUCACAUGGCAAAUCUCCGUAUGAAGAAAUCCGGCAAAGAACUUAGAAACGUCUUCCAUAGUAUACAUCAUAAACUCGACGAGUUUGUCUCCAUUGGCAUCGUAUUCCUCAUAAAGCAGGCUUUCAACUUCCGCCAAAGUUGGGUCACUAGAUUUUUUGCCUCUCCGUUUCCUUUUUCUUUGACGUAAAGCAGUCGGACUGUUAAUGGUAACAGUAGUUCUUCGGAUUUGGGUAACGUUGGCGGGUAGCGUUUUAAUAUUAAUAAUUUUUGAUUCUUGUGGCAUAGUUACACUUGAAACGUUGGUUGGUAUUGAGCUGUUUGUAUUAGAUGCGGCGCUACUCAGAGCAACUACGCCCAUCUUGGUGUUAUUUCCAUUUCUGCAAAAUAUCAUUACUUUGAAUUUUUACUUCAACAUCGUAGAAGUUGUAAAUUAAUUAAAAGAAUAAUUACAAAGAUUAAUACCUUAUUAUAAUAUUGAUAGUUUAUAACGUAAAUAUGUAUCUAUGGUAAAUAAAAAUGCCCUAUUAAUUUA